AUGGAUUGCAGUUCAGACUCCUCUUCACUUGACUUUCCAGAGUUCAAGACUCUGCCACAAAUCAACAUUCAAGACCUCAUCCAUACAGGCUCAAUCGACGAGUGCCAAGCAUCAUCAGGUUCAGACGAAUACAUCAAAAACAACGACAUACACAAAAUUCAUCAAUACCUCGAUAGAGAUAUUGUAGACCAGGACGAGAUAAUCAAAAAACUAAUCGAUCUUGAGCACCGUCUUGACACUUUCGCAAAAAUAGAUAAGCAAAACUGCUAG